GGCCCAAAUCCAAAACCCUCGCUAAAACCUCUUCUGGUCAUCUCUCUCCGCCUCACCUCUCACCGAUCUGAGCCAUGGCUGGGCGCUGUGGAUCGCUUUCUCGCUCCCUGAUUUCGUCGGCGAGGGCUUCCGCCUCCCCGUUUCGCUCGUCGCCGCCUCUCUCCCGCCCCCUCCGCCCGCCUCCCGUGGCUUCGCCGCGCCUUCAGUCUCGCCGCCUCUCCUUCGCCGCUCCCAGGCUCAUGGGUGAACUAGGAUGCACUCAGUCUCUUCUGCCUCUGCAUUGCACUCCCAGGCUUACGUCACACCUCAGUGUAGAUGUGCGAGCAUGCUGCGAGCUGUAUCACGGUACCUUCUGCCGUACUUGUCAGGAUCGCUAGUAUUUUCUUUGUACUUGAGCAGCUCUUGGAUCUACACAACCUUGGGCUAGAACAUAGAUGGAACUUGCAGAAGGUGGAUGUUGCCAGGAUAGACAAAAGUUUUGGACCUAAGAAAUAAAGUGUUGAUUAAUUUUAUUGUCAAGAGAGAACUUGAGGACUUGUUGGACGGGCAUUCUUCCCUGUGCAGUUUGUAUUAGAUACUUCAUUCACUGCUCUUCCUUUUGAGCACAAUGAUGGCUUUCUAGUCUUAGAGGUCACCCCUAGGAUGAGAGGCUAUAUCAAUUGGCAUAACAGACCUGUUUAUAAUGUUGGAUUUUGUUUCUAUUGUGCGACGACUGAUGUUAGUUCCAGGAA